GUGUUAUUUGCAGUGCUCAAUUCUGAUUUCUGAUUUGGUACUUGCUUAAAAUUUUUAUUUUUGUUAAUGGGUUGUGUUCAAACCCCUUUUAAAUGGACUGUUUUUCCCAAAUGCAAGUUUCUGCACAAUUUAAUGAUCUUGUUGGUUUAUUGGCUGUGUUAUUUUCACUUUUGUAUGUUUCCAGAGAUGGGUUUAAUCCAGAAAAUCAUUUUGAAUAACUUGUUGCCUGGAAUUCAUCCAGUGGGUGUGCAAAGAAGCUCAAAAUUGUGGUGCUCAAGCAUCCCAUCUGACUCUGACAUUGGCAAUGAUGACACAAAGAACAAUGGGGCAGAAGAUGGUUUUGACGACUUUAUUGGUGCGAAGAAAGAUGUGAAUUUGCAACCCCAAGGAGUUGAUCCCAGGAGGGGCUGGGGAUUUCGUGGUGUGCACAAGGCAAUUAUCUGUGGAAAAGUUGGGCAAGCCCCUGUGCAAAAGAUUUUGAGGAAUGGUCGAACUGUAACCAUCUUCACGGUUGGGACAGGAGGCAUGUUUGACCAAAGGGUAAUGGGAGCAAAGGACUUACCAAGACCUGCUCAAUGGCAUCGAAUUGCUGUGCAUAAUGAAACACUUGGGGCUUAUGCAGUUAAACAAUUGGUUAAGAAUGCAUCAAUCUAUGUCGAGGGUGACAUUGAAACUAGAGUUUACAAUGACAGCAUCAAUGGUGAAGUGAAACAUAUUCCAGAGAUAUGCAUUCGUCAUGAUGGGAAGCUUCGUCUUAUAAAGACUGGAGAAAGCAUAAGCAGUAUAUCGUUGGAUGAUCUGCGAGAAGAUUUGCUUUAGCCAACGGAACAGUUGAUUAGCGCAUCAGGGAAAACUCCGCUUUGGAAACGGAACAUAGCUCAAGCCACUUUUGUAGGAAACGGGUUACAUUUGCUAGUCUAGUCUGGUUGUAACCCGGCAAAGAGAAAUCGAUGGAGUUUUGUUCUUCUAAUGUGUUGAUAUAUCACUCAGUUUACUCCAGUGAAUGAAGCCAUUUAUCCUUUCCUCUCGUUUGGAGAACGUAGCGUGCUUAACGAUUGAGGUCGUUAUGUAAAAACUAUUUAUGUUCUUAAAUCCCACUAAAUGAAGUCAUUUACUGUUCUCUCAA